CUGAGCAGUUUUCGAAGGAACGUAUUCUGCUUCUCUUCUCAUCCAUCAGAGAAGGACUGAAAGUGGAAGGCAAAGAGGAGAGAAAAGGAUUCAGAGAGCUUAAGGAUUUCUUCAUGGAUUCUGGCAUGAAUCAAGCUAUGACUUCUUUGUCUGCUGGGGUCACUGGUGUGAUCAAGUUCAAUGGUCUUAACUAUGCUGAUUGGUCGGAACAGAUUCAGUUUCAACUGGGUUAUAUGGAUUUAGACCUAGCAAUAGUUACAGACGAAAAGCCUGCAGCCAUUACUGAGACCAGUACAGAUGAUGACAAGUCUUAUUAUGAGGCUUGGGUAAGGUCUAACAGGCUGUGUUUGAACUUGAUGAGAAUGACAAUGGCUGAAAAUGUUAAGCCAUCCAUGCCCAAAACAGACAAUGCAAGGGAAUUUAUGGCAAAAGUUAAGGAGUUCUCACAAUCAGACAUAACUGACAAGUCCAUUGUGGGAACUCUAAUGAGUGAGUUGACGACCAAAAGGUUUGAUUGGUCUCAACCCAUUCAUGAUCAUGUGACUAGCAUGGCAAAUCUGGCAGCAAAGCUGAAGUCCAUGGGUAUGGAUGAAAUUAAGGCCAUGUUGAUUCAGGAGGAAGGGAGAUUAAAGAAAGAGAAAGACCACUCCAUUCAUCUCACGACUCAUGAUGGAGCUAGUAGCAGCAAGGCUAAACCAGGUAAAAAGGAACAGAAGAAGGACAAAGCCUUAAAGGUUAAAGAGGGCCGAAUCCAUAAGGAGCAUGUGUGCUACUUCUGUAAGAAGGCUGGACACUUCAAGAAAGAUUGUCCGAAAAGAAAGGCUUGGUUCGAAAAGAAAGGGAUUCCUUUCGAUCCAGCCCAUAAGAGGAACUGAAAAGUUUCUGUACAUGGGAAACAGGAUGAAAGCACGAAUUGAAGGAAUUGGGACUUACAGAUUGAUCUUGGACACUGGUCAUCAGUUAGAUCUAGAAAAGUGUCUAUAUGUUCCUGGAUGUGCUAGAAAUCUUGUUUCAGUAGGAAAGUUGGAUCGCUUAGGUUUUGAUUUUAAGAUUGGACAUGGUGGUUUUUCUUUGUAUAAACUUGCGUACUAUUAUGGUUCUGGUACUUUGUUGGAUGGUUUAUACCGUUUCAAUCUUGAUGUUAAUUUUGUUGAA